ACUACAGAAGGAGACAUGGUGAAGACGUUGGGAAAAAAUAGGGAAAAUACAAUGGAAACGGAAGAGACAGCAGAACAACUAAAAGCUCCAAAAGAAACGGAAAAUGAACUGGAAUCGACGACGAAAAUAAGACUAGAAAAAAAUAUAAUUAGGCCGAAAAAGGAUCUAGAUAACAAAGAUAAAAAACAUCUUACUACAAAACGUUACCAUUAUGAUCGCAAUCGUGAAAGUGAGAAGCAACCCCGGCAGCCAAAAGACAAAGAAAUAAUAAAACACGAGAUGAAAAACAAAGAAAAGAAAAAGACACACAAACUAAAAAAUGAACAUACAACCAUAAAUAGCUAUACAUCGAAGGAAGAAGAAAUUAAGGCAAAGACAAGGCAACCGGAGAAGUAUAGACCACGAUUUACUGCCGCAUACAUUGAGAGUCCGGGUAAUUCAACUCAAACUGCGUUACGGCAGUAUUCUGAGAAAACUAACGUUCGACAAAAUGGUAAAUUAGAUGAACCUAGUAUGGAAAACCUUAGUCCUUACAGCUUAACAAAACAACUUAAAAAAAUAUUAUGCGAAUUACAAGAUACCAAUGUAACACUUACUACUAUUGGACGUACGGCUGCAUACAAUGACGUAAUUCUUCUUCAAGCAACUGAACUACAUCAUGAUAUUCUGAGGACUGAUAAAAUGUCUGCAAAAUACGAAGACGAUCCACCUGAAAAGAAAAUCAUAUUCAUUGUACAUGGAUUGAAUAUUUGGGGCUUCACCGAGUUGCCAUACUUAUAUGAAAUAAAUAAUUUUGUAUCACUUUUAAAGAAUUAUUUGGAACAUUUAGAUAAGUUUGAUAUUUAUCUCAUACCAAUGGCCAAUCCCGAUGGAGUGUCGUUUAGUCUGCAUCAUCCCAUUUGGAAUAAGAACAUGUCGCCUCAAGACGCAUGUCCGGGGGUGAUGUUGGAUCGCAAUUUCGACGUCGCUUGGAACGAAGGACCUCUAUUGUCGUCGUGUAGUCAGUACUACCCUGGAGAUCACGCCUUUUCUGAAUACGAGACGCAAGCCAUUCGGGAAGUGUUCCAUCGAUUGAGCCACAAGAUCGUCGCCUACAUUCAUGUGCAUGGAGGGGGCUUAAAUAAACACGUUUUUAAGGGCGACGCAGUACUUUAUCCGAAAGGGUUUACAGCAACAACAGGAGACGAUGACAAGUACGUCGAUUUAAAGGGCGAGAUUGACGAGGCGAUGAGGAAUGCCAGCUUUAAAGUAAUGUCUGUCGCAGUUGACAGUCUCUACAACUGGUACGGGAAAGUCACUGGUACCAGUGUAGAUUACGCUUCAACAGUGUAUGGUAUUCCUUACGCGUUGGACUUUUCGAUGCAGGUGUAUGGCUCAACCACGACUGAAGAGGAUUUUUUCGAUGCAGCACAGAACGAAAUAUGGCAUCGUCUCAUAGACGUCAUCUUUAGAUAUAUAUACAAAACGGCAGUGAAACAGGAAUCAGCGACUGAAGUUAGGAAAUUAAAAAAAAUAUAAUUUUGCGACUUGUCACUAU